AUGAAUAGACCGUCUACAGCUGGACUGCCGAAACAUAGUCAAUCGCCAAAGACCUUCAAGUUGAAUUCCAAAUUAUCAGAGGAAAAUCUGCAAUAGAAAUAAUUCCAGCUAUCCAAAACACUAUCCAAAUUACAAUUAGAAUAAAGAAAUCUCUAGUAGCAGAUGAGUUUGAUCGAAGUAAAUUAACAUCUCCUAGACUUAGCAAGAGAAAUAGAGAUCUAAAAUUACUUAGGAUGAAAAACAAGGAAAUUAAAGCUGGUUGGGAAUAAAACUGAAAAUCUAAAUUAAUUAACUUAAUUCACAAAUUGAAGAGAAACAAAGCCAAAUCAAAUAAUUAUAAAAGAAUCCAAAUUACACUCGAGCUCAAGAGUAAAAUAUUCUUAUCGAAUAUCUGAACUAUUGUUCAUCAUCAUUAAAACAAGAAUAGAAUUUGAUGCCUAAUGAAGUAGAAGAUCUCAAAGUGGAAAUCCAAGAAUUGGAAAUAACCAAGAAAUUAUUAGAAGAACAAAGUGAGAAUCUCUCAAUUCAAAAAAGUUUGCUUGAGAAGAAGAUUUCACAAUAAUAUUUGGAAUUAGAUUAGACCAAGAAUGAGUUGAAGGAGAAGGAAAGAGAUCUGCGUUAUUUAAAAAAGGAGAUGAUUAAAUUUGAAGAGAAACAAAAAGAAACACAAUAAAAUCAAAAAGUAACAAUUAAGAAAAAAGAAGUUAUUGAUAUAGAUGAUAAAAAAGCAGAGAUUAUAGAGAAGGAUUAGCAAAUUAGUCAGUAAGAGUAGAUAAUUAAUUAAUUGAAAGAGAAAUUAUAGGAAAGAACGAAUUAUGAAUUGAGGAGUAAAAAUGCAUUGAUUGACGAACUCUAAGGGUUGAAUCUAUAAGUAUAAUAGAUGAGAGAUGAAUUGAAAGAAUUGAAUGAGUAUUAUUUGGCAGAAAUUCAACCCUUAGAGACUGAAUCCUUGCCGAUUAUACAGGGUAAUAGAGAUCAUACUUUUACUAUUUUGCAUGAUGUCUACAAUAAACAAGAGAAGAAAUUUCCAAAAGCACCUAGAGUUAGAUAUGAACAAGUUUAAGAUAUGGGAAAGGAAUUGAGUUUACGAUUGCAGCUGAAAUAAAUUACUGUAAGUGAAGCUUGUGCUAUCUUAAUAUAAAGUGCAUCAAAUAAUGCUAUUAGCGUAGAAUAAUUGCAAGAUUAAUUACUCUAAGAACCCUUUACAAUGGCUGAUCCUAAUGAAGCCAAGAUAAUUGCCAGAUAUAUUGUGGAAGAUGUAAAUGAUGAAAUUGUUAGUUUGGAUCCAUAAGCUACUGUUAAAUUGCCAGUUGUGAAGUCUGUUUUUAGACAUCUGCUUAAUUGUUAUGAUUUAUUGACUCAAGAGUAGGAUAAGCAACUGUGGGAAGAAGUGAGCGCAAUUGUUAACAAGUAUGAAACUGCCUUGAGGAGUUAAUUCGAUUUAUUGAAUAAACAAUAACAUGGAUUUAUGAAACCAAAGGAUUUGUUUUAUUGUUUGGAUUAAUUAUUUUUAGAUCUGACGGACAUUCAAAAGGAAUAUGUAUUAUUGAGACUCUUUGCCUACACCAAUAACAUUAAUAAAAUUAUGCAUAUGAAGAUUUUUGAUGUCUUUAAGGCAGGAUCCUACAUUGAUAGAGUUUCGAAAGAUACUAGAAAGAAGAAGAAAUAAAGACAAACUGCAAAGAAAAUAGAGAUUUAAAAGUAGGAUAUUGAUGACUUUGAUUGA